AUGCCCGUCACAGCCAUCACCUCGGCAUCACAAUACAAAGAAGUCACCGGCGGAGUCACGCCCGUUGCCAUUUUCUUCUCCUCAGACCGGGUCGCAUCUUGCAAAUCCAUUGCUCAACUUCUCGAGGAAAAGACGAAAGGCUUCCCGUCCCAAUUCUACAAGGUCGACAUCGAUGCUCAAGAUAAGAUUGCCAAGGACGCGGGUAUAGGGUUCCGAGACGUGCCGACUAUCGCUAUUUACCGGUACAAUCAGAAGCUGGGGGAUUGUACUGGGUCUGAUCCGCAGAUUGUGGAUAGGGCUAUUGGCUCGGUCACUUCGUUUUAA